CAGAAAUUCCACGCUAGCCAAUAGGAAGCUUUUUUGCCCCACUUCUCGCAAGGCUGAGAGCAACGUCCUCGCAGCCCUUGGGAAUAGCCUCAACAUCUCCAAAAACAGCUGUUAUAGCACUUAGAUAUGGCAACGCAGACAUUUGUGCUUCCAGGCCAGCAUCUGGACCCAGAAUCCCUCCCAUCACACCCAAAGUUACCGCUGAAACUCGGUCCUGGCCUACGGCUCAUCCCACCAAGCACAAUUACAUCCACAGUCGCAGGACAGCUAUGUACAGAUAGAAGGAAGAAUGCUGUUUGGGUAGAGUUCAAUGGCAGUCGCUAUAUUCCUACAGUCGGCGAUCUGGUAAUAGCAACAGUCCAGAAAUCCUCUGUCGAUGUUUACUUCGCGAGUCUGAGUGACUACACACCCAACGCCUCCCUCCCUCAACUCUCCUUCGAAGGUGCAACCAAGAAGACCCGGCCGCAGCUUUUCUUUGGGUCACUGGUGUAUGCGAGAGUGACAUUGGCGAAUAAACACAUGGACCCAGAGCUAGAAUGCGUAUCCUCCUCAACUGGAAAGUCAGAAGGCUUGGGCCCAUUAACAGGAGGCAUGCUAUUUCCAAUAUCUCUGGGUAUGGCAAGGAGAUUAAUGUUCUCAAAACCUGCGGAGCAAGGGAACUUGGUGAUUUUGGAAGAGCUGGGGGGAGCAGGAGUUGCAUUCGAGAUUGCCGUGGGACGAAAUGGAAAACUUUGGGUGGAUAGCAAGAAUAUCAAGACUACUUUGGCGAUUGGGAAGGCUAUACAGGAGGCUGAUGAGAAAGGACUGGAUGUUGAUGCACAGAAAAAGCUGGCGAAGAAGGUGGUCAGAGAAUUAUGAUCUGAUUGCAGAAGUUUUAUGUCUUGCGUUUAAAGGGCUUUGUGGCAGAAUACCAUGGUACAAGAAUGGGCAUACUCAGGUUCGAAUGGGUAAUUUUUCUUGCAAGUGAAAUAUGCUGUUCGGACGGAAUUACCACGAGCUACGGACCAUCCUGUACCUGGUCAACAGCGUGAUGUCUUCCCGCUGCGCUCAAUCUUUUCGAGGUGUACCAUUUCUCAACCCGACUCAACCGCUGCGACUCCGAUGGGCAAUAUAAGGAGUCUCUAAUCGGAGAGAUCUAUGUGCAAGAUCGGAUGUAUAUGAUAACUCUCGUCUUUGUAUGGGUGGAGCAUUUCGCAUCAUUGGGGGUAGUGGUUGAGCGAGUUGAAAUACUAUGCCUUGGAUGCUUUCGCAUAAGCUCGAUUGGAUUUUAACACAGACUUAUGGGCAAUUGCAGCCGAAGUUGCAGUCGAUGUUUCUGUGCUCGCAAUUUCGAAAAAUGCGAGUAAAUAUAAACAAAACAUUGAUAAGCGAAUGCCAUCCACCAGGAUUCCCUCAAGGAUUGCCAUAAGAAUACCAGCAGAGAUUUCCGAGAUGAAAGAAGCUCUUGAACCCGAAACAAAAACUCCGGAAAGCUUACACAUGCUCGAAGUUCUAACACGCGUAGAAUCCUGACAGAUAAUAAGCUAAUAGAGAGCAGCGAGAAUCGGCAAGCCAGAGCGACGGAGAAUUACU